AUGAUAAAAUCAACACCGUUCAUGAUAGAAAAUGGUAUUUCUGUUUCGGAUUCGCUUAAGCCGUCCCUGGCAAUAUUUUCUGGUGGAACUGCCUGCAAUUUAAUGGUUAAUAUUCUUCGAGAUAUUACCGCAGACGUGAGUUAUAUCCUUGGAUUAAGCGAUAACGGCGGUUCAACUAGUGAAAUAUUACGUGUUUUAGGUGGACCAGCAAUCGGAGAUAUUAGAAGCAGGUUAAUCAAACUAAUUAAAGUUAAUAAAGGGGAACAUGAAAAAGCAGCCAUAAAAAAGCUGCUUGAUUAUCGGUUGCCUAUCGAAGGAAAUGAGUCGGACAUAAAGAAUGAAUGGCUAGAAAUAGUUGAAGGCACACAUAAAUUAUGGAAAGGUAUUUCUUCGGAAAAAAAGGGAGCUAUACGCGGAUUCUUGGUACAUUUUCAAACAGAAAUUAUAAGACGAGCACACAAGAAAUUCAACUUUCGCAAUGGUAGUAUUGGUAACUUCUUUCUUACUGGUGCACGAAUAUUUUGUGGAUCUUUAGAGAGUGCAAUCUUUAUAUUUGCUGCAAUAACGGGAGUCAAUGAGCCAACAAGGGUUAUCCCAAUAAUGAAUACUAAUCAUAGCGUGGCUAUUGCUGCGGAACUUGAUAAUGGACAUACAAUAAUUGGUCAAUGUGAAAUUUCACAUCCAUCACAAGAACCACAAGAUGCGACUUCAAAUAUUAGUAAUAAACAUUCACCUACUACAAUGAUUAUCUCGAAAAAUAAUAAUCUUAUUUUCGACAAAUCCAAGAUAAUUGUAUUGAAUCGGCGAAUUAAUAGGAUCUAUUACAUUAACGAGUAUGGGCAGGAGAUAUUCCCUUCCGUAAAUACGAAAGUACUUAAAAGCCUUUCAACAAAAUCUGCUCUCAUUUAUUCUAUUGGCUCUUUAUAUACUUCCAUUAUGCCUUGCCUAAUUCUACGUGGGGUUGGUAAGGAAAUAGCUGAAUCUAGUACAUUAAAACGCAAGAUUCUGAUUCUUAAUGGUUCUAAUGAUCGUGAAACUGAUAAAUUCACAGCUUUAGAUUUUAUAAUUGCCAUUGUAAAUGGAUGUAAUUCUUCGUUGAGAUUUAGUGGAUUUUUGCCUAAAGAGUACUCUGCAAAUAAAUAUAUAACACAUCUAAUUUACUUGGAUAAUUCACUGGUGAAGGUUAAUGUAUCAGAAAUUGAACAAUUAGGAAUAGAAUGUGUAAAGGUAGAGGGCAUAAUUCAAGAUGGGAAACCUGUAUUUACCGAGGAAACUCUUGAAGAUGCUUUAAAUAAUCUUAUCAGAUAG